AUGCGUCUUAUUGAAAGUGCUUGGCUGAGUAUUGGAUUAGAUAAUGAGGUUUUUGCUUGGUUUGGAAGUGGUCUGAAAUGGAUUUGUGAUAAUUUUCCUUAUCUGGUUUUAUUAGGGGCUUUGGGUCAUGGUUUGAUCUUCUAUCGAUCAGGACGGAUUAAGGUCUUGCCGGGGCUGGAUAGUUGGUUUUGGCAGAUUUUUGGCUGCUGUAUGUUGAGUGUCUUACUUAAGUAUGGAUUUGGUGGUGCUCGACCACGUGAUUCGAACUUUGAGAUUCCUAGUGGCUGGCAUAAAUUGCAGGACUUGCCUCCACUCAACGGACACCAUCGAAUUUUGAUUGGGCCCCUGGAACGGUAUGCUUUUUUACAAUCUCAACCUGUUCGUGAAGUGUACAACCUGCCCUUGAGUUUAGCUAGACUGAAAAGUAGGUACGGUCCUUCUUCUGGUACGCCUAGUAGUCAUAGUGUUUUAGCUGGUUAUCUUAUGCAACAACGCUAUCGCUUAUCUAAAGGUCGACCGAUAGUAAUUGGACUAGGACUAAUUUUAGGUGGAUCACGAAUACUUUAUCAGCACCACUAUCCAUACCAAGUAGGUUUAGGCAUGAUUAUUGGCUACAUAAUUGGGACAAUAGAUUGGCUGUAA